GCUCCCAAUGGUAGUCGCCAUAUUGAAAUAUUUUCUUUAUUUUAAUUAUAAAUUGAUAUACUUCUACAUGGUCAUUUGAAGAAUUACCAUUAAUUUGUAAUUUUAUAAUCAAAUUAUACAAAAAAAUUCACAAAAAUCAUUGAAGUACAAAGAAGCAGGUCUAGUAUGCUCAGCAUGACCAAUCAGCAGCGAGAAGUGGCGGGGCUUUUAAAUUUGAAAUUAGCAACAAACGGUGGCGGAGCGUACGCGCUGAAGGCGCGUGGAUGCGGUUGAUUUUUGGACGAUAAUUUUGAAAUAUUUUGUCUACUCACAGAUUUUCAGCGAAAUAAGCGAGACGAAGUGUAUGAAAGUUGGAAAGUGUUUUUAUAUAACGACGAACUGAGACGAUUCAAAGCGAUUCCCGAAGAUGUCUCAAGCGCUUCGGACCACCACAUUGGGAAGUAACGUGAUUAGGAACGAGAAUCAGCUACAAGCAAGGAAGGGGCUUGCUACCAGAAGCACGAACAAUGCACAGCGGGCAGUCCUCGGCGAAAUCGGCAACCGAGUGAAGGGCCUGUCAGUCAACAAUGGACCGGUUAAAGCCAUCUCAGCUGAUGCCAGAAAGCCCCUUGUCCGGUCAAAGGCUACCAGCUCGAUCAGGCAAAAGGUUGAAGCGCCUCCGAAGCCAGUAGAAAGCAAACCUUUCUCGGCAUUGGAGGAGAACAAAAAGCUGAAUGCCUACUCAAGCGGGCUGCUGAAUGUCGAUGACAUCGAUGUAGAAGAUUCCGAUAACCCCCAGCUUGUGUCAGAGUACAUCAAAGAUAUUUACCUAUACCUGCGGUACAUGGAGGACAAAUUCCGCGUAUCUGAGAAUCACCUGCGAGACAGCAAAAUAACCGGCAAGAUGCGCGAGAUCUUAAUAGACUGGCUGGUGCAGGUGCACCUGAAGUUUAAGCUACUCCACGAGACGCUGUACCUGACCGUGGCCAUCAUCGACAGGUUUCUGCAGGUGGACUCGUCCAUCUCGCCGGCGCAGCUGCAGAUGGUGGGCGUCACGGCCAUGUGGAUCGCCAGCAAGUACGAGGAGAUCUACGCGCCCGAGGUGAACGACUUUGUGGUGAUUGCCGACAAGUCGUUCGACGAGGAGCAGAUGCGCGUCAUGGAGCGGCAGAUCCUGUCUGCGCUGCGGUUCGACCUGGGCCGGCCGCUGCCGCUGCACUUCCUGCGCCGCAACAGCAAGGCCGGCUGCGUGGACAACCGGCAGCACACGCUGGCCAAGUACCUGAUGGAGCUGAGCCUGCAGGAGUACAGCCUGGCGCACCUGCGGGUGUCGCACCUGGCCGCCGCCGCCCUCUGCCUCUCGCUCAAGGUGCUGCAGGAUGAAGAGACUGAGGGCUGGACGGACGUGCUGACCCACUACUCGUUCUACCCGGAGAACGAGCUGCGACCAGUCAUGUGCCAGCUGGCCAGCCUGGUGGUCAAGGCCAACGAGAAGCUCAACGACAGCCGCGCAAAACGGGUGGCGGUGGCUCGGAAAUACGCCACGAAGAAGUGUCUGUGCAUCAGCGUGCUGCCGGAGCUGUCUGGGCCGGUGAUAACGGAGCUGGCCGCCGAGGCCGCCGUCUGACCGGCCGGUCGUCCGCCCAGCCACCGACCCGCAGUUACGUCCGCCGCCGCCGCUGCUCUUACCAAACUGAAACACCCGCCAUUUUAGCUUUUGGGGAACGUUUUACGUAUGCGUCAGCUCACAAGUUUUCUAUUGUAUUUUAGAUUGUCAUCACUUUUGAGAUUAUUUGAAUACUCUGUGGAGUGAACUUCUGCAUCACGUCACGUGUUAUCGCCAUGUUCCUGGAGCCAGUUCCCGUUCCUGAGCUGUUGGCUCCUUUGCCUGUGCCCGUUGCUCGUGCCUGCAGCUGCAUGCUGGGGACCUGCUGGAUGAGAUUUCCGUAUGCUGGACGAACAGAGGGCGGUUUUACCACGUCGCGGCGGUCUGGUAUGGGUGUGAGCUGACCGGAGAAUAAACGUUUAUAGGCCUCUUGCUCUUUCCUUUCUAGCUAGUACUGGUUGCUCAUAGGAUGGCUCUUCUCGUGAAUGUUGAAGUCUGUCUUGUGGGGGACGUUUCGCUGUUUCGAUCUCCCGAGCCGAAUGCGCGAGCGAGCCGUCACGUGCUUUUGAUUCGACCGAUUCGAUUUGACGGUUGCGACCGCGUCUUUGCGUUGUUUUAGUCGGCUUGCGAGCUAACUGUUCUAUUGAUGUACAUAGUGACGAAACGAGGAACGAAAUAAAAGCUAAGUGAACA